UCCGUGGCUCCGCCCCUACGCCCGGCUCCGCCCCCCGGCCUCGCGUAUCCGCCGAGGCCCUCCAUGUCCGCCCCGCUCAAGGUCCUCCCCGGCCCUGCGUUUCCGCCAACCGCGCCGGGCCCGCCAUGGUGAACCUGGGCUUGUCCAGGGUGGACGACGGAGUGGCCGCCAAGCACCCGGGACUCGGGGAAUACGCCGCGUGCCAGUCGAAGGCCUUCAUGAAGGGCAUUUUCACCUUUGUCACAGGCACAGGGGCGGCCUUCGGCCUGCAGAUGUUCUUCCAGAGGAAGUUCCGGUACCCCUUCAAGUGGAACGUGCUGGUGGCUGUGGUUGCAGGCUCAGUGGCCAGCUAUGGGGUCACCCGCGUGGAGACCCAGAAAUGCAGCAACCUCUGGCUGUUCUUGGAAACGGGGCAGCUCCCCAAAGACAUGAGCACAGAUCGGCACAGCUAGGAGAGCUCCACAGGAGCUGCAGAAGAUCUCCUGGACCCCAGCCUCCGAGCCGGUCCCCGCCUCAUGCUGGCCUCUGCACCCCACAGAACCCCUGUCAGCGUCCCAUAGAUACGUGUGGCCAGGUCCUGCAGACCUGUGCAGACGGCCAGCCCAGCCCAGGAGGUCAGACCGGAAAGAGCUUUCCUGGGAAACUUCUGUACUUCUUCUGGCCCUGAAUCCCCAAAAGUCAGAGAUGACAACUGGUGCUGGGAGAUGUGUGCCAAUAAACAGCUCCCCUUUUCCAACC